AUGAUUAUACUGCUGUUAUUUCUGAAUGAAGUUUCGGCACAGUCAUACAAACAUACAACAUAUGCUAGACAACUGAAUACAAACCCAACGGUUAAACCCAUUGAGUUAACGUCCAAACAGAUGCUGGGAAUGUGUGGACGAGAGUGUCACGCUUCUUCAACUUGUUCUUCGUUUUUCUUUAAUGGAACCCACUGUGUGACUUUGGAAGCAUCCAAACAGUUCAGUGAAAGUUAUACCACCGAGUCAUAUUUUACGAAGUCAUACAGUGUGUUUCAUUUUGAUAUAGUUGAUAAACUUCAAUCCGAGUGUUCAUCACAUGGAUAUGUCUACGAUCCUUUGAUCCCUCUGUGUUAUAAAAUUAAUGCUGUGGCUUUAACCAAGGCUGAUGCUGUGACAUCCUGUCAACAAAGUAAUGGCCAUUUGCUGAGAAUCAAUACAUACAGGAAACAACUUUUUGUAGAAUCAUUAAAACUACAAACAACAAGCUCUGUUUCGAAAUAUCGAAUUGACGGUAAAAAACAAAACAAUGGUAUCUGGACUUUUUCCGACGGAAGAGAAAUUGUCACAUUUCACUGGUAUCCCGGGGAACCUCAAAGCUAUCGUUCUUCUAUUGCACUGACUGUAACAUAUAAAGGACUGUGGGAUGAUGUUGGUGAAACUAUUCCCCAUGGAUUCAUUUGCGAACGAGUGCCACAGAAAAUUAUAGAUGAUUUACUGGCACACUAUGAUAAGAGGAUUUCACCGACUGAUGAUGCGGGAGAUGGUCCUGUGACAGACUAUGUGCAGUUAUAUAUAUUAAGUCUGGAUUUCUCUAGUGACAAAACAAUGGUUGGUAUUAAGAAUUUAUACAAGUAA